UAGAUACUCCUCAAUGCAUCCCUGUGCAAAACUGAGAUAAACUCUACAUCAUCUUUAGGACCUUACAUUUAGUUCCUCAUUACUCUGUCGUCGACACUCCGCGUCAGUCGCGUCUUCCGCUACACGCUCUACGACAGGAUCCAUAAUGCUAGCGAGCGGCGCAAUACGUGCAGCGACACGGUUCUCAAGAUCUGCCUACAGCGGCUACAACGCGGGCUGCUGCAGACACGCGUUGUAUUACAGCACUGAAAACAAAAUGAGGUACUACACCAAGAAACAUGAAUGGGUGUCAAUUGACGAAAACAUCGGAACCGUAGGAGUAUCACAUUAUGCUCAGGAUGCGUUAGGAGAAGUUGUAUUUAUACAGCUGCCUGACGUAGGCCAGGAGAUAUCAGCCGGUGACGAGAGCGGGGCCCUCGAGAGCGUGAAGGCAGCAGCUGAAGUAUACAGUCCUGUGUCGGGAACGGUGACAGAAAAGAACACAGCAUUGGAGUCUACACCUUCGUUGGUGAAUAAGUCUUGUUACGGGGAAGGUUGGCUGUUCCGCAUCAAGCUCUCAAACCGGGAUGAGGUGCAGCAUUUAAUGGACCAGCCGACUUACGACAACUAUCUCAAGGAAUCUGGCCACUGACCAUAGCCAUAGCUUGGGAUUAGACGUUGCAAUCCUAUGUAAUAAUCCCUACCAAAAGAAAAUACUAAUGUUGCGACGUCUUCAUAUAACGUGUCAGAGUAUCUUAUAUGACAAAAGUCUGUCCGAUCGCGAAUAACACGACCCAGGGAUGCUAUUUGACCUUAUCUAGUUACUAGUAAUACUGUCCCAUCAACCGGCAGUAGUAGUGGUAGUAGUAGUAGCAGUAUUUUCAGCGUAAUUUCCUACCGAAACCUUCCCUGUAUCCGUUGUAGAAUACAACUGGAACUAAAGCCACGAGGGUGUGAGCUCACACAGGCCAAGAUCAACUGCGUUAUUCAAUGAGCACAUGAGCACAUUAUACAUCAUUCAAUUUUUAAAUUCUUGUACGAGCCCACUGGAAACGUGUCGAACUGCAAAAUUUAAUAUAAAGUUUUUUAUUUAAGUUACCAUCGACUUAUUCUCGUGAAUCAUAUUGUAUAGGUUAGUAAAAUGGGAAAUAGAAAUGAAUAAGAGUACGUACAUCUACUUGUAUCUGUACUUUAGGGGUUGAAGCAGCAGAAAUAAAUGUUGAAAUGGUAAACAGUCGAGAAGAAAAAUCAUAAAAAAAUCCUUUCUUCGAAAAUAUUUAUCACUCAUUCGUUAACUUCAUACAUGAUGCUCUCUGAUUUGACCAAGACCUGCUGCAUGCUAUAAGCCCGAUAUGACAACACUAUGUUUGUGAUUAGUAAAUAUUAGAAUUUAUGAGAGUCUUCUUCUUCUUUGUCUACAUCAGUGAUUCUCAACCUUUUUUUGUUGCGGCACAUAUUUAACGAUUUCUAAAUUUGGCGGCACACACAAAAAAAGAUAAACAUUAUUUACUUACUACAACACACUGCAUAAAUAGUUUAUCAAAAAAUUUUAAUAUACGAAAUAAACUAAAAUAUACUAUAAUUUUUUUUUGUGGAUUUAUAUAUAUAUUCAUGUUUAAAAUAUUUUUCUUUUAAAAUGAUAUAAUUUAAUAAUAUUAACAUUAUUAUGUAUUCGCAAAAUUUGGCGGCACACUUUUGAAAUUUGGCGGCACACAAAAGUGCGGCGGAACAGUGGUUGAGAAUCACUGGUCUACACCUUAUCCCACUAGGUGAGAUCGGCACAGCGAAUUUGUCUAUUCCAUUUGCCUUUUUCAGACGUUAUCUCAACCCUCACUCCUCUUUCUCAUUGGAAUUCAUGAAAGUAUUGAUUUAAAUAGGAUAACCUUAAUAUAAUCUAAUAAAGUAGUAAUCGGGAUGUAUUAGCAGUACCUCGAGGCGGUCUGGUCAGGCUCCAACCCGUAUCUGUGGAUUACCUAAUACUCGGACAGACUGAUAAAUUUUCAUUUCAUUAUUUAAACAAAUCUUGAUCAAUUUUAUGUUUUAUGAAAGUAAUUUUUGUGGCCCUUUAUGCUACGAUAACAAUCACAACUUUUUGAACAUUGGAACGCUUCGAAUUUAAUCAAUUAAGAUUUCACUGUGCUAAACACAUCAUAUCAGACUAAGGGCAGAAAAUUAAAUUAAUAUAUUCUUCACCAUGAUUUAAAACAAUGUCUAAUCGUGUUUGGUAUUGAUUUUUUUGUAACUGUUCACCGACAAUGAUGUAUAGUUAAAAACUACGUAUUAUAUUUAAUGUCGCCCUCGAGAUGGUACUAAUUUUGCACUAAUACUGAAUUGUUAAAAAAAUCAAAACUUAGAAUAAAUUAACUAGUUUAUAAAAAAAAAAAAAAAAUCAAUCUUUGAAUUUAUAUCGGAAGCUAUCACCACUGAAUGAUUUAAUUUACUUUGACAUUACAGUCUUUAAAUGUAUGUAUAAUUAGUAUUUUAAUUUCAUAUUAUCUUGCAAUUUAAAUAUGUAAUUUCAAUAGAGAGAUCAAAGUAAUUUCAAAUACAGUUUGUUUUCAUUUUGUAAUUAGACAGGGUCUUAGCCUUAUUAAUGUAAUAGAUAGAAUUUAGUUAAUUAUUCAUUGAAUAAAUACGUGUGUAGUUGU